UAUGGAUUUGUUUUUAUUUUUAAUUUUUGGCCUUAAAACUUAUUUAAAAAUUUUUUAUUUUUUUCGCACCCCCUUAGGGCACAAGAAAACAAUUAAAAAUAUGUAUCUGUACUGGCCAUUGUUGUGUGUUAGUCAGAGAUUUUAUUUCUCGGAAUUAUUUUUAGAUAAAUUUUCCAAACCUCGAAGUUUCAUUUAAUUCUAAAAAUCUUCUUGAUAAAAAUUUUUAUUUUUAAAAUUAAAUUUCAAACAGAUUAUGAAAUAUAUAUGCCAUCCUCUAUUUUUUUCCUUUUUUAUGUCCAAUCUGCAAAUAACUAACCACGCUUUUUCCCCCUCAAAGUAAAUUUAAUGAGCGCAGCGACCAGCUGCUUUUACUCUUUUUUGGAGUUAUUGUUAUUUACAAAAUUGUGUCUUUUCUAGUUAUUCCUAUUGUUUUUAUUUUUUUACUCAAAAAUUAUUUUUUUUUGUUUUCUAUGCCAAUUUAGAAAAAAUUGAAGAGAAAAAAUAUAUAACAAGCUUUGUUUUCCCCUCCAUU